AUGUUCGCAGAGCCAGCACUUGCAACAAGCAUGCAGGAGGACCUAGAGGCUGAUUAUAGCGGAUUCUUUUUGAAUGUAGAGCAAAGUUUAAGUUGUCUUUCGCGUUCAUCAUCUGUUGAUCAAUACGAACGCCUGCAGAAAAUAGGCCAGGGGACAUUUGGUGAAGUAUUCAAAGUUAGGCACCGAACCACCAAACAGCAUUAUGCCCUUAAACGAAUUCGUAUGGAACAGGAAAAGGAAGGGUUUCCUAUCACAGCCAUCCGUGAAAUACGUAUACUGCAAUCUUUGCAGCAUGAAAACAUUGUUUGUCUGAAGGAAGUCUGUCACAGCACACCGAACGAGCGUUCUAAUUUUCGACCCCAAUUUUUCCUUGUCUUCGAAUUCUGCGAUCAUGAUCUUGCUGGCCUUAGUCAAAAAGUUGAUUUUUCCAACGCAGUCAAAAAGGCGAUUAUGAUUCAACUUUUGACUGGAAUUUUCUACCUGCACAAGAACAAUGUUCUUCACCGUGAUCUAAAGGCUGCGAACAUUCUGAUAAACAAGAAUGGAGUUUUAAAGAUUGCGGACUUCGGUUUAGCUCGAACGACCGUUGCUUGUCUUCGAGCAGACCGUCCUGCCCGGUACACCGGUCGUGUGGUCACUCUGUGGUACCGACCUCCAGAGAUUCUCCUCAAUGAUCGGCACUAUGGAAAAGCCGUGGAUAUGUGGGGGGCAGGCUGCAUAAUGGCCGAGUUAUGGACCAAAUAUCCCAUAAUGCAGGGUGAUAAUGAAAUGACUCAACUUAAGCUCAUCAUCAACCUGUGCGGCUCAAUAACACCUGAAGUAUGGCCGGGCGUUGAUCGUCUUGAAGCCUACUGUGAAGCACGCCUACCACAGGACAUCAAGCGCCACGUUCGAGAGCGGCUAAAAGACAAAGUCUCUUCUCAUUCAGCUAUUGACUUAAUUGAUAAACUGCUCGUUCUCGACCCCGCCAAGCGCUUGACUGCCGACGAGGCACUUUCCCAUGAUUAUUUCUACGAGGACCCUCCACCUGGCGAUUUGAGAAUAUUUUCUCGAGAAGGGUCCACUUAUCUCGAGUUCUUGUCUACUUCUUCACGUCAUUCGCGUGGCGCACCCCAACCCCAGAUGCAUCAGCCUCAGGUGCACCACCACUAUCAUAGUCAUCACCACCAACCUCAUCAGCGCCCGGGUCCCUAUCCGCACCACCCUGGUGGAGCACGUGGACCUGUUGGGCAGCCGCGGCGGCCCCUGAUGCCGGAGGAUAGUAUGCAUCACGAUAGGGUGUAUUGA